AUGGCGAGCUUUUUUCGAGGAAAGCAGUCUGGCAUGCAAAAUGACCUGUCUGCUGGUAUUCUCCCAGGCUCUUUUAUACCCGACGAUCGCGCGCGAUAUGGAAUUAAUUCUCAGAUUAGCUGCAUCGCCCAUGAGCCUGUCCAGUCUCUUCUGGCUGUUGGCACAAAUGAGUCUAAAUUCGGAAGUGGCAGAAUAUAUGUCUUUGGACAAGUUCGGGUCCAUAAACUGCUGGUCCCGUCCCGAUCAUGCUCAUUUUCAGAUGUGCAAUUCUGCAACAAUCGCUUAGUCAGCUUGGAUACUAAGAAUGAGGUGACCAUAUGGGAUAUCGAUACUGGCAAACGUAUCGUGGGCUUUCGUGCCCCUGGUAUCGUUUGUUGCAUGCUUACUGAUCCCAUGCUGGAUUGGUGUUUUCUCGGCAUGCAGACUGGAGAUAUAUAUGCAUACGAUCUCGACCGGGAACGAAUGUCGCCAUUUCGACUACCUAAUUUCUGGUUAGAGAAAGAUCCAAAUGCUAGAGCUGUGGCUUUAAUAUCGAUGCAGUUACACCCCCGCGAUAUAGGGAAGUUGCUUAUUGCCUAUUCGCAUGGUGUAGUGGUCUACUCAUUCAAGCAGAACGUGCCAAACAAAUUCUUUGAGUACCAAGUUCCACCAGGGGCCCCUGGCGGUUCUUGUCUAGCUUUUGAAUCUAUGAGAAGGCCAAAAGUCACACACGCAUUAUGGCAUCCCACCGGGACUUUCAUAUUGACUGCACAUGAUGACGGAAGUUUGGUAUUCUGGGAUUCCAAGGACGGACGUCUGGUUAUGGCCAGAACAUUAUAUGACACCAAUAUAGACCGAGCUGUGCCACACCCGGGAUCCUCAAGUCCAAAGCACCCUUAUGAGCGUAUCGCCUGGUGCUGUAAACAGAAUCCCGAGGAUAGCGGGCUUCUCAUUGCUGGUGGUCAGAAGAUGGACGAGCCGUCGAAUGGUCUGACAUUCAUCGAACUUGGAGUAACCCCCAACUAUGCAACCUCCACUUGGCAGAUAUUAUCGGAUUAUCUGAAAGGUAAACGUCAAAAUACUCUGGAGACUCCUCCUGGUGUGGGGAUUGCCAACUUCUGUUUGAUCCCACGCCUGUCACCUCACUUUUCUGGUGCUCAGGAUCCUAUCGCCGUCAUGACUUUGCUCUCGUCGGGAGAAAUUCUCACAUUGAGUUUCCCAAGUGGCUAUCCUAUUUCGCCGACGAAUCAACUGCAUCCAUCUCUAUCCUUUGUUCAUCCCUUUGCGACUCAGUUCGCCAUUACCACCCUCGACCGUGGUCGCUGGCUUGGAAUGAUCGAGAACCGGACUCAAGGUGAACCUCUGGUAAAAGGAGGAGCCGCAGCGCCACACCCGCGCCGACGAUUUGAGGGGCGGACUAUUAUUCAAGUUGCCCACGCGGACGGCACGGUGCGUAUUUGGGAUGUGGGUCAUGGUGACGAGAUUGAGAAUCCUUCGCAACUACAAGUUGAUGUUGCUAGAGCUCUCGACCGGUACGAUGACGUGAAUGUUACCGCAAUGACUCUGGCUUCUGCCACUGGAGAAUUCGCCGUAGGGACGAGCAGGGGCGAAGUUGUCAUCUACCAUUGGGAGGGCAAUCAAUACUUUGGGAAACCCACAACCCCACAGGUUGAAUCCAACCCUGGCGGGAUAACUAAUAUUAGCACGAGAGCCGAAUCUUCUCUCAAGAGUGGCCUUCAACCACGCUCAUUAUACGAAAUGAUGCAAGGUUCGAUAAGCGCCCUGAAAGCCUCGGAUGCUGGAUUCCUUGCUGUUGGCUCUGAAAAUGGGUUCAUCAGUAUCAUUGAUCUUCGAGGUCCUUCCAUCAUCUUCCAAGCCUCGAUGACCCAAUUUGUGAAACAAGAGAGGCGAUCAUCCUUUCUCAAGAGCCGUUCAAGCGUAUCAACGAGCAAAGAAUGGCCAGUGAUAAUUGAAUUCGGUGUGAUGACCAUCGACGAGGAUAAAUACUCUAGUAUAUGCUGCUUUGUCGGCACCAAUCUCGGCAAGGUUAUAACCUUUAAAAUAUUACCUUCUGGCGGUGGCUACAAUGCUGCACUAGCAGGAGUGGCACAACUAAAUGACCGAGUCGUGUCUAUUUGUCCGAUCGUUGCUGACACCGGCAAGCCUGCGCUUGCUACGGGCCACGCUGUUGCCGGACUCCGAGAAGGUAAACAUGUUAAUGGCCUGCUUGUAGUUGUCACGCAGAGUGAAGCUCGCAUUUUCAAGCCUGCUACUUCCAAAGGAGCGUCAAAAUCAUUUGACGAUUAUCUUUGUGAUGCCGCUACUGUUACGGAAUUUGAACUGCACGGAAUGGCCUUAGUUGGCGUCUUUGGAGACCUAACAGCAAGAGCCUUUAGUCUACCGGGGCUAAAGGAAAUCGGAAGCUAUCCAAUGCCGAUGAUAGAUGGUAGUCGGGUUAGUAACUCCGUAGUUACUGAGGAUGGCGAAGUAUUUUGCUGGACCGGGCCGUCUGAACUUGCGAUUCUUCAAGUAUGGGGUACUGGUAAGGAGAUAGAGAACACUGCUGACAAACUUAUCAACCCCGAACUUGAAAUACCACCGAGACCAACUAUUUCGAAUGUACAGUGGCUCUCGGGUACUCAGUAUGUAUCACCGACAGACCUGGAUCUCUUAAUUGGUGGCCCAGACCGGCCUGCAAGCAAGCGGAUGAUGUCUGCAACGGCGGCGAUAGAACGGAACGCAGGGCAGUCCACUCAGAACUAUGCAGCGGCUGGGAGCCAAGAGGGCUGGGGUGAUUACCUUACCAGGCAGCUAAACGAGCGAACGGAGAAAUUAAAUCUCAUGAACGAUAGUUUAGACAACGCUGCCGACACGAGCCAGAAAUGGGCCGACGAUAUGGGCAAGUAUGUCAGCCAGCAAAAGAGGAAGAUGAUCUUUGGGACGGUUACGAGCAAAUUCACAUGA